AUGCCUAAAGAAAAGAAGCGAAAACGCGAACCAGGAGAGAAAAAGUCCAGUAGCAAGUCGAAAACGACACCUGAGAAGCAACAGCGAGAUGAUCGCACCAAUGGACAUGAAGUCGACACCUCCAAGCCCUCCGCAGUCUUCCAGCCCGCUGGUGGCCGGUCCUGCUCGCUGUCUGUAGCCCUCCCGGGAAGCAUCAUUGGCAAUGCAAAGUCCCAUGACCAAAAGACGUUUCUAGCUGGCCAGAUUGCGAGGGCUCUGGCGGUGUUUUGUGUGGACGAAGUGAUCAUCUUUGAUGAUGAGGACGCUGAAACUCAACAACAGCGCCCGAAAAUCAGAGAGAACGAAUACACUGCCUUUUCCCACCCAGAUCAUUUUCUGGCUCACCUCCUGUCGUACUUGGAAACACCACCUCACCUCCGCAAGGCUUUAUUCCCUAUGCACCCUAAUCUUCGAACCGCAGGUACACUUCCCAGUCUUGAUAUGCCGCAUCAUUUACGCGCACACGAAUGGUGUGAGUAUCGUGAAGGCAUCACUACUACUGCUCUUGCCGACGGCAAAGGGACAUUGGUGGAUGUUGGCUUACCUGGGUUCUUGCUGUUGUCGGGCGCAGAGAUUCCACCCAAUACACGAGUGACUGUUCAUCUAGAAGAUGAAGCUUCCAAGACUGCUGAAGCUGUUUCCCCCUAUGCUCCGCGGGAGCAAAAAGGGUACUAUUGGGGCUAUACAGUACGACAGUGCAGUUCCCUCACGGAUGUGUUCACUGAAUGCCCUUACGAUGGAGGCUACGACAUUUCGAUUGGGACCUCUGAAAGAGGACAGCCGCUAGAAAGCGUACUGGCUGAGCCACCUUUGGUCGAAGCAACUGGCUACAAUCACGUACUCAUGGUCUUCGGUGGCGUGGCGGGUUUGGAAACCGCAGCCAAGAACGACAAGAAUUGUCGAGAGAUGGGUCUCGUUGGGGAGAAAGUCAAGGAACUGUUCGAAGUGUGGGUGAAUCUGUUACCUGGCCAGGGCAGCCGUACCAUCAGAACUGAAGAAGCUGUUUGGCUUGGAUUGAUGGGUUUCAGAGGUUUCUUGGACCGCCUUGCAAGGAGUUCUGGAUCGCCCCGUGCAUAA